AUGCGCCAUUGGGGCGCAGCGAUGUUCGGCCGAAAGUCCCAAGACGGGGGCAAUCUACCGCCGCCACCCGCCGCGGGCGGUGGCCUCGCGAUAGACGUCGAGGAUGUCAACCCCGAGACCCCCGAGACCCCCGGGCACAGGCGCACGGGCUCCGGCGGUUGGCUGAGCCCCGGGAAGUCCGGUAAAAAGAGGCCGAAGCGCACGCUCACCACUCCGCGCAAGGGCGAGGUGAAGCAGAACCUGUACGAACCCCCGAACCUGGAGAAAGCGUUGGCGCGCAUGCGCAGGCUGCAGCCGCACGAGGAGACAGAUGACCCCGAGAAGCCCACGAAGAAGCUCUCGCUCUGGAUGAAGGAGGAGGAAAUGCAGGGAAAAUUCAGCGAGGGAAUCGUGUUCUGGUUCAAGCUGAUGAGGGACCACCUCUUGAUGUUCUUCAUAUUCACGAUCCUCUCUUUCUGGGCGUUCAACCAGAUGAGGGUCUCGAACGAGGAGGCCAACCCCAGCUACGAGCGCCUCGGAGCGCUCGGCCGCGUCACCCUCGCCGCCAUCAUGAUUUGGUCCGAGGAUACCCAGCGCAAGGGCGAGACUGUCUCCAACACCGACAAGGACGCCACCUUCGGCAUCAUCGUGCUCGACGCGCUCAUGAUGUUCGCGCUUCUCUUCGUCACCGGCUAUCACCACAUGAAGAAGGAGCAGGUCAAGGAGGAGGUCGACGACGCGACCAUCUCCCUCGACGAUUACUCCGUCGUCAUCGAGUCCGGAUUGCCCUCGGACGUCACCGAGGAGCGCAUCCGCGCGCACUUCGAGAAGUUCGGCGAGGUGCACGAGGUGGUCCUCGGCAAGGACCUUCUGGAGGUGAUGAACCUCAGGAAGCGGCUCAUCGCGCUGGAGGCCAACCACGAGAUGCUCGAGUGGAUGCUCAAGCGCGCGAACAAGCUCCUCGGCAUCGUCGAGAUGGACACGUCCACCAUGACCCAGGAGGAGAUCAUGGUCGCCCGGUGGAAGAAGCUCACGCGCAGGGUGAAGAAGGAGAUCGACAAGCGCGAGGGACGCGUCGACGUCUUCUUCGCCGCGCUCGAGAAGGCGCGCGACGACUCGCUCUCCAUCGAGGAUCGCGCCGCCGCCGCCGCCGACGCCGCGUCCAAGAACCCCCGGUUCGCUGGAGGCAAGGACAACGCGGGAGCCGCCGCGUCCAAGGACCCGAGCAACUACAACCCCGCGGUCAUCAAGCAGAAGAUCGAGCAGUCGCUGAAGGACCGCGAGGAGCUGGAGGAUGAGAUCGCCGCGUGCGUCGAGGAGGGAUACCCGGUUGUCACCGCGUGGGUCGCGUUCGAAGAGGAGGACAGCUGCGUCGAGUGCGUCCAGGCGGUGCGCGCCUCCAAGAAGCGCGAGCGCAAAAUCAAGGCGAAGAAGCUCGUGGGCUUGGAGGAGACGGACGGGCUUCCGGGGGAGUACGACGUUCGCACGUUCGAGGGCGAGAACAAGCUGGAGAUUUCCACCGCUCCACCCCCGUCCGACAUCCUCUGGGAGAACCUCCACUACUCCAUGGACACUUUCUGGAAGCGCGAGAUGCGCUCCAACGUCAUCAUGUGGGGAUUCCUCAUCAUCAACGUGUUUGCCAUCGCCGGCGCCAAGAUCACGUCCGUCACCCUUCCCCCGGUCAUCCCGGUGUGCGAUGACGUCGACAACGGCGGCUCGUUUCUUCAGUGCCCGAAACUUUGGAACCUCGACUCGGACACCGCGGCUGUCGCGUCGCAGGCGAGGAUUGACAUCAUGCCCUUCGUCAAGCAGGAGAAGAGCGCAUCGAAUUGCGAGGACUUCCUCGAGUACGAUCAGUUCAUCGGCAACAUGACCAAGUACGCCAACUGGUACGACGGAACCAGCGUCGCCGCGGGGGCGCCAACCACCGCGGCUGAGGUUGCCACUUUCCGCGCCGGCAUCGAGACCGCGGGGGCCGCCUGGACCGGCGGUUUCGACCAAGCCACGCACAUGGACGAGUGCGCCGCGCAGAUCUGCUACAGCUGCUACUGCAAGAAGAACACGGCGGAUGAAUUCUGCAAGGACCACAACGAAAACGAGGCUGAGCGCACGCUCAUUCUCAUCGGCGCCAUCUGCGUCUCUGCGACGGCGAACCUUAUCAUUAAGGAGCUGGCCAUCAGGCUCUCCUUCUUCGAGAGGCCCCACAGCACGACCGCGCGCGAGCUCGGGAUCGCCGAGAAGAUGACGGUGGCGCUGAUGGUGAACAUGUGCCUCCUACCCCUGCUCAUGACCACCCAGCUGGCCAUCCCAUCGUGGCCUGGAAAGUUUGACGAUACCAGCUCCGGUUGGUACAACGACUUCGGCAACACCCUGGUGCAGAUCGCGCUCAUCAACUCCAUCUCCUUCCCGUUCACUCUGCUCUCCCCGGUGAUCAUCUGGAGGAUGCUGGUGUACUUCCUCACGCCGAGUGUCAAGUCGCAGAGGCAACUCAACGAGCUGUGGACACCGCCGCCGUUUUUGCUCUCCGAGCGCUACGGUCAGAUGAAUGCGGCGUUCCUCUACACCAUCAUCUUCUCCUCCGGCAUGCCCCUGCUGUACGUCGGGCACUUCGUCAAGAUUGCUCUGGACAUCGUCAUCGAUCGAAUCAUGCUCUUCAGGGCGUGCAUCCAGCCCCCGCGGUACACCGGAAAGCUCGCGGCGCAGUUCCUGUACAUCGUGCCCAUCGGCAUCAUCCUUCACUUCCUCUUUGCCGUGUACAUGUGCGGCGAGAGGGACCUGCCCUCGCGCACGCUGCCCGCCGGCGUGUUUGGCAAGUGGGCCGGCGGCCCGAACCAGGCGGUCGCCGAGCGCGACUAUCAGUUUGACUUUAGCGCGAGGCUCAAGCGCGUCAACGGCCUCUUCCCGUUCGUCUGCGCCAUGGUCACCGCGGGAUUGGUGUUCAUCGCGACGAUCGUGCUGCAGGUGCGCAAGCGCAAGAAGAAGGGGCAGAUGGAGGCUGAGGGGUGCCCGCCGUUGUCGGAGGCCAAGGCGAAGAAGCUCAUCACCGACCUCACCUCGUACCGCAUCACCGACAACCCGGUGUACCAGCACCUGUUCCCGCCGGGCGAGGAGGUGAGCGAGGGCCUGUGA